AACGAAGGCAACAGGCAGCAGUUAUACACUGAGCAAUUUUAAUACUGCCGUGAAAUGAGGGCAACAUGGGGGCCAAAGAGUCACGGAUAGGCUUCCUUUCGUAUGAUGAGGCCGUCAAAAGAGUCACUGAUGUGGAGCUGAAGAGGCUCAAAGAUGCUUUCAAGAGGACCUGCGGCCUGUCCUUAUACAUGACCCAGCAGUGCUUCUACAAGGAAGUGCUAGGAGAUGGGGUUCCACCCAAAGUCGCAGAGGUGAUCUACAACUCAUUUGGUGGCACUUCUAAAGGGCUUCACUUCAAUAAUCUCAUCGUCGGCUUGGUUCUCUUAACAAGAGGACGAGAUGAGGAAAAAGCCAAAUACAUUUUCAGCCUGUUUGCCAGCGAGUCCGGCAGCUACGCCUUGCGGGAGGAUGUGGAGAGCAUGCUCCGCACCAUGGACGGGGAAGUCCCGCCCUCUCUGAGGAAGUGCUUCACAGAGGGAGAGAAGGUGAAUUAUGAGAGAUUUAAGAAUUGGCUCCUGCAGAACAAAGAGGCUUUCACGUUUUCGCGCUGGCUGCUGUCAGGCGGCGUUUGCGUCACCCUGACCGAUGACAGCGACACGCCCACCUUCUACCAGACUCUGGCUGGAGUCACCCACUUAGAAGAAUCAGAUAUCAUUGACUUGGAGAAACGCUACUGGCUGUUGAAAGCUCAGUCGAGAACUGGACGCUUUGACCUGGAAACCUUUGUCCCCCUUGUCUCACCCCCUAUUCAUGCAUCGCUAAGUGAAGGCCUUUUUCACGCCUUUGAUGAAAAUCGGGACAAUCACAUUGACUUUAAGGAGAUAUCAUGCGGUCUCUCAGCAUGUUGCCGGGGUCCUGUAGCAGAGAGACAAAAGUUUUGUUUCAAAGUCUUCGACGUGGAUAGGGAUGGAGUUCUGUCGAGAGAUGAGAUCCAUGAAAUGGUGGUGGCUUUACAGGAAGUGUGGAAGGACAACCGUACAGACACACUUCCCGAACUGGAUGCUAAUGUGUCAGACAUCGUUGAAGACAUCCUGAAGAUGCAUGACACUACUAAAUUGGGGCACUUAACUUUAGAAGACUAUCAGAUCUGGAGUGUGUCAAGCGCACUUGCCAAUGAAUUCCUCAAUCUGCUCUUUCAGGUGUGUCAUAUCGUCCUGGGCUUGCGACCAGCCUCACCUCAAGAGGAGGGACAAAUCAUCAGGGGGUGGCUGGAGAGGGAAAGCAGGCAUGGUUUACAGCCGGGGCACAACUGGUUCCUCAUCUCCAUGCAGUGGUGGCAACAGUGGAAAGACUACGUCAAAUAUGAAAACAAGUCCAUCGUUAUGGAGCAGCCGUCUGUGUUGGGCAGUGGGAGAAAGAGCCCUCAAUCCUCCACCUCUGUGGAGCCUGCUCCAAUCAGGGCCAACGGCCUGGCCAGUUCUCCCAGUUCCCUGGAGGACAAAUCCCCAGACCACAUCACCAGCCCGUCGGAGGCCCCGGAAAACACCAGCAACAGUGUGAUCCCGCACAGGAGCUCCUCGGCAACGGACAUCUGCUUUGCACGGCAGCACAACAUCUCCGACAAUAACAACCAAUGCUUUUCUAGCGCCAACGGACACCUGCCCUCUCACAUGGUAGCACAGAGGCCGGGCGCCAUUGACAACCAGCCCCUGGUCACUACAGAGGCGAUGAAGGCACCAACGCUGACCAUGGAGGGUGGGCGGCUGAAAAGAUCCAUUCACCUCAUGGCAGGCCGAGACUUUGAGACGGUGCCCGAGCCGGUAUGGAGAGCCCUCUACCAUUGGUAUGGAGCCAACCUCAGUCUGCCCAGACCGGUGAUCAGAGAUACCAAGAGCAGUCAAGCAGAGCUGGAGCUCUUCCCACGCUACCUACUCUUCCUACGACAGCAACCCGCUACGCGAACGCCUCAGUCCAACAUUUGGGUCAAUAUGGGUAUGAUCAGCCUGCGAAUGUUCCCCCCGCAUUUGCCCCGAGGUAACGUGCCCUCUCCCAACGCCCCUCUCAAACGAGUCCUGGCCUACACAGGCUGUUUCAGCCGUGUGGCCACCAUUAAGGACAUCCACGAGUACCUGUCCCAGCGCCUGCGCAUCAAAGAAGAGGACAUGCGCAUCUGGCUUUACAACAGUGAGAAUUACCUCACCCUUCUCGACGACGAGGACCACACUUUGGAAAGUUUGAAGAUUCAAGACGAGCAGCACUUAGUUAUUGAGGUUCGAAACAAAGAUAUGAGCUGGCCAGAGGAGAUGUCAUUCAUUGCCAACAGCAGUAAAAUAGACAGACAUAAAGUUCCCACGGAGAAAGGAGCUACAGGUUUGAGUAACUUGGGGAACACAUGUUUUAUGAACUCUAGUAUCCAGUGUGUGAGUAACACGAAACCACUCACUGACUACUUCAUCUCAGGGAGACACCUCUAUGAGUUAAACAGAACUAAUCCUAUUGGAAUGCGUGGCCACAUGGCCAAAUGCUAUGGAGAUCUGGUCCAGGAACUGUGGAGUGGAACACAGAAGAAUGUUGCUCCUCUGAAGCUCAGGUGGACAAUAGCAAAGUACGCUCCGAGAUUCAACGGCUUCCAGCAACAAGAUUCCCAGGAGCUCCUGGCGUUCUUAUUGGACGGUCUCCAUGAGGAUCUAAACCGUGUCCAUGAGAAGCCAUACGUGGAGCUGAAGGACAGCGACGGACGGCCUGACCUGGAGGUGGCCACAGAGGCCUGGGAGAACCACUUACGAAGGAACCGCUCCAUCGUGGUGGACCUGUUCCACGGUCAGCUGAAGUCUCAGGUCAAGUGUAAGACCUGCGGCCACAUCAGCGCUCGCUUUGACCCCUUUAACUUUCUCUCUCUGCCCUUACCAAUGGACAGCUCCAUGCACUUAGAGAUCACAGUCAUUAAGCUGGAUGGUUCCACCCCGGUACGGUACGGUCUACGCCUCAACAUGGAUGAGAAGUACACGGGGCUGAAGAAGCAGCUGAGUGAGCUGUGUGGUCUGAAGCCGGAGCAGAUCCUGCUGGCUGAGGUUCACACCUCAAACAUCAAGAACUUUCCUCAGGACAACCAGAAGGUACGCCUGUCGGUGAAUGGCUUCCUCUGUGCGUUUGAGGUCCCUGUUCCUGGUUCUCCCACCUCAGUAACCUCUCCAACACAAACAGGCGCUAAGCCCAUGGCUAACGGAACGGCCAUCAACGGUCACGCUGGGAAACCUGGGCUGAUUCCCAACGGAAUGCCGAGCACGGUGGUGCCCUGUGCUCCCGAGAAGAGCCUGGAAAAUGGCAUUCCCAACGGGCACGCGGUGCCAGUCCAGGACAAUCCAUUCAUUGGGUACAUCAUCGCCAUGCACAGGAAGAUGAUGCGGACAGAGCUGUACUUCCUCUCCUCUCAGAAGAACAGGCCCAGUUUGUUUGGCAUGCCGCUGAUCGUGCCGUGUACUGUGAACACCAGUAAGAAGGACCUUUAUGAUGCAGUGUGGAUCCAGGUGUCCCGCCUGGCCAGCCCCCUGCCCCCACAGGAGGCUAGCAACCACGCCCAGGACUGUGAUGACAGCAUGGGGUACCAGUACCCUUUCACACUGCGCGUGGUACAGAAAGAUGGCAACUCCUGUGCCUGGUGCCCCUGGUACAGGUUCUGCAGAGGCUGUACCGUGGACUGCACAGAGGACCGUGCAUCUUUAGGGAAUGCUUACAUUGCUGUGGACUGGGACCCCACGGCCCUGCACCUGCGCUAUCAAACCUCCCAGGAAAGGAUCGUGGAGGAGCACGCCAGCGUGGAGCAGAGUCGGCGAGCCCAGGCUGAGCCCAUCAGUUUGGACAGCUGUCUGAAAGCCUUCACCAGUGAGGAGGAACUGGGAGAAGAUGAACUUUACUACUGCUCCAAAUGCAAGACUCACAGACUGGCCACCAAGAAACUGGACCUCUGGAGACUCCCACCGAUAUUGAUAGUUCACCUGAAGCGUUUCCAGUUUGUGAACGGCCGCUGGAUCAAGUCCCAGAAGAUUGUGAAGUUCCCCCGGGAGGGCUUUGAUCCCAGCGCGUUCCUCGCUCCGCGUGAAGCCGUGCAGCAGAGCGAGCAGGAGAGCCAGAAAGAGAGCGUGGCGGAGGAGCUCCAGCGAAACGACCGAGGCGAUUCCUCCCUGUCGUCCGUCUCCACCACCACCGUAAACAGCCUUCCCUACAACAGCAAAGGCACUCCUGGCCCUGUCCGCAGAACGAGCAGCCCGCUGAGCAGAAGCAGCAGCCCCAGCAGCAGUCCAAAAAGCGCGGGGCGGAAACAGGGUCGUCUGCGCCUGCCCCAGCUGGGCAGCAGGCACCGUCUGUCCAACAGUAAGGAGAAUCUGGACAGCAGCAGCAGCAGCAACAGCAGCAACAGCGGUAAAGAGAGCAGCUCUGAGCUGGAGCCCAGCACGGUGACCGAGGUGGAGGUGAUCGGGCCAACCCCUCCGGCAGACUCCAACAGUCAGGACUCGUGGUCGGUGGAGGCCUCCAGCACAGACUGUGAUGUCAUAAUGGUUAACGGACUGGGACAGGAGAGCAGUCAAAGUAAUGGUCACUCCGAGGCCAGCACAGACCUGGACACAGCUCCUCACCAAAGAGACAACAUCUGCCUGGAGCCCAUUUACAAUUUAUAUGCAAUCUCGUGUCAUUCAGGAAUAAUGGGAGGGGGCCACUACGUGACCUAUGCCAAGAAUCCUAAUGGAAAAUGGUACUGUUACAACGACAGCAGCUGCAAGGAGGUGCAUUCUGCGGAGAUUGACACAGACUCGGCCUACAUCCUCUUUUAUGAACAGCAGGGGGUGGACUACUCCCAGUUUCUGCCAAAAACCGACGGCAAAAAAAUGGCAGACACCACUAGCAUGGACGAAGAUUUUGAAUCAGACUACAAGAAGUAUUGUGUGCUUCAGUGAUGCCAUGCUCUUCCAUUUCAAAGCACUUUGUGUGUGUGUGUGUGUGUGUGUGUGUUUUUGUGUGUGUGAAUGUCUGUGUGUGUGAGAGCGAGUGAGUGAGCCUGUGCAAUGAGAACUGAAACAGCCGUGUAGUCUGGGCUGACUGAAAUGAUUGGGUUUCAAGACUGCCAGUCAUGGAAGCACAAAGACUUUCCCGGGCAUCAGACCGACCCUCUCCACUUGCUGCUCUAGCUGUUCCAGAAUAGAGGUACCUUACCGCUGUUUUUAGACAUGUAGCCCGAGUGAAUGAAUGAGGGAACGAGUAAUUGAGAGAAAUAAGAGAUUAUGUCAUCAUUGCCAAGUGAACAAAUCAAUUCCUGGACUUGCGUCGAGACUUCCCCACCAAAUCACCAUCUCUUACAUUAAACUAGAUUUGGCUUCCCUACUGAAAAUGCCAUGGUAAAAUUGCAUACAUAAAUGUACAGUGUAUAUGUUCCUACAUGUGUUUAGCUACAUGCUAACGUGCCAGAAGCAUGUCCAAAAACAGUUCUUUACAGACACUAAGCUCUCUGUCAGUCUUCAUGUCCAACUUUGAUGUCCAUGAUAUUCGAUGAUGACCUGUUAGUCACUGAUUAUUUAAUAUGUAGAGAUAAUAUAUAGGACAUAGUCUUGAUGACAGGCCAAAACGUUUUAAAUGAAUUGUCUCUUUCUUUCUCUCUUUUUGUCUUUCCAAAAAUUACUGACGUCCGAUAAACUGAUACACUACCUCACAAUUUUUUUGCAGUUUAUUGGCUAAGAGCAACUGUAAAAUGAUUGUGACAGUAUUAAAAUGUUAAAGGUUUCUAAAAAUUGCACUCAUGCAUCAUAAUGUAGUCUUGUUGUGAGCCUAUAAUGUAAUUGACUGAAAUCAGCCUUGACCUGACUAAACAGUAGAGGGCAUUUUUCACCGUGUCACUGCCAAGUUCCCCAUUUCAUAUUUUACAGCCAAAUCAUAUAUAGAUGCUGUUGGUAGAAAUUGGUCGUCAUUGGUUUUCAUUUUUUGAGUUCACAUUUAGGCACUUUUCCAUGGGAAAUCUUAGAAAAGCAGGAAUACUUACAUCUUUAAUUUUGUAGUUUGAUUUUUAUAUAUAUUUAUAUAUAAAUUUAGUUUUUUGAG